AUGAUUCCAAUGUACGAUUAUUUAUUUAUUUCAGGUGAUAAAGCAAAAUUAAAUGAUUCAUAUAUAUGUAUUAGUACUUAUCCAAUGAUUGCACGUUUUGAACGAUCAACAUUAGUUAGAGAAAUUGAUAAAAUAGCUGAUUUAAAUUUUUUAAUUCAACCGAAAUUAUAUGAAGUUAAUUGGAUGGAAUUACAAAAUCUAGGUCAUAUUGCAAAAGUUCAAUGUGGUGAAGUAUGGUGUCGUAUGACAUUGGAAUUUUUUCAAGAAUAUGUAUCAAUUAAAAAUGAUCAACAUCGACGUUUACUUUUAUAUAUUAUGAAUCCAAAUAAAUUUCUUUAUAAAUUUCUUUAUGGUAAAACACCUCAAAAUGAACAUAUGCAAAUUUUACAUGAUUUUCAACAUGAUCCAAAUAUGAAAACAAUUUUUGUUUCCAAAGUUACUAAUACAUCAUUAGAUUUACCUGAUGCUAAUGUAUUAAUACAAAUAUCAAGUCAUGGAGGAUCAAGAAGAUAA